UCAGUUAAUCUCAUGUUCUCUCUGUUUCCUCUGUACUCGUCUCUCCAACCUUCAUCUUGUCUUCGGAGCGGACGUGCCGCGGUCUUCCCUGGAGGAGUGUGUUUGAGAAGACACACAAGGACGGAGACCUAAAACCAGCACUGGGGACCUUCUUCCACACACACUCACAGACACACACGCAUACUUAGAGGAAGCCGAAGCAUAAACACACACACACACACACACACACACGAGACAACAAAAAGCAGAAGGAGAAAAGCUGAGAGAUUGGAAGAACUUUGCGGAGGGAGGAGAAGAGAAGAAAAAGAGAAGGACGAGCAUGUUGAUGGCAGGCGCCCGGGUCCCGGGACGCAUGGUGUGGGCCACGCUCCUCGUCUGUCUGCUGCUGCUGGAGGAGACGAACUCUGGGAGCGCACGCCGUUUCCGCAGGGGAGUUCCCAGACACAAGGACUAUGAGUACCCCAACCAAUCACAAUCCACCCAGCACCAGAAGAGCGACCGGUGCCCACCCCCACCCCAGAUGUUGCCGGCGCAAGCGUGUGAAGUUCCAGCCUGCCACUCCGACUCCAAGUGUGAGAGGCACAAACGCUGCUGUUACAACGGCUGCACCUACACCUGCCUGGACUCCGUACAGCCUCCGCCCGUGCUGGACUGGCUGGUACCACCCAAGCCGCGCUGGCUAGGCGGGAACAGCUGGCUGUUGGACGGGCCAGAGGAGGUCCUUCAGGCGGAGGCCUGCAGCACUACGGAGGAUGGAGACGCACCACUGCUCUGCCCCACAGGGUACGAGUGCCACAUCAUCAACCCCGGGAACCCCUCGACGGGGGUCCCCAACCGGGGCCAGUGCGUCAAACACAGGCGGAACUCAGGGACGGGCAGACAAAGUAUAACCUGGAGCAACCUGCCAUUGUUUGUAAACUCUGCAAUCUCUUCUGAACAGGAAGUAACUCCAACAAUGCUGUGGGGGACAAGAACCUCAGCUAAUGGGUUCCUUCCAGAAGAACUUGGACUCAGUCACCCAAACCGCACUCCCCCUAAAUCCACACUGCACCUACACUCCUCUUUAUUCCUGUAAAAUGGUGAGGUAUAGUCAAUCUGUUAUAAUAAUAAUAAUAGUUAGUUACGCUAACUCUCUACUCUUACCAACAUCCCUCUUUUACACACUGUCCUUAACACCCAGAUUACUA